AUGGCGCCCUCCAAUCCCUACGACGUCGACGCCUAUACCAACCCAUACACCCCUUCGCCACCCUUCCGGCACCUCCCACAACCCAUCGCACACUUCUUUGGCCACCGCCGGCCCAAUGCCAAACCACAGCAACCGCACACCCUCCUAGUCUGGUUCUUCUGUUUCAUCGGCGCGUUCCUCGGCGUCUCGCUCCUCUGCGGCGUCUACCUCAACCUCCCAACCUCUCGGCCACCAUCGCUCAUCGGCGUGAGCAUUACGAAACUCUUCCAUCUUCUGCCCUAUGCCGAGUUCAACAAGCUACGCUGGCUCGCCGGCGCCUUGUCCGUCGGCUCCGCCAGUGUCGUCAUGGCAAUGACGAAGACCGUGCAUCCACCUGCAGGCGCCACUGCGCUGCUGGCCUCGACAGAAAUCGCGAUCACGGAGCUAGGAUGGUGGUUCCUAGCAUUGAUGCUACUAGGGUCUAUGCUCAUGCUGACCGCUGCGCUGAUUAUCAACAACUUGACCCGCAGAUUUCCGGUCUACUGGUGGACGCCAGCUGAUCUGAAGUCCAUCAAGGCGCAACGAAAAGCGAAAGCUGCCGCUGGCAAUUCAGAUGACGGAAGAGGUGGGGAUAUCGAGAAGGCCAGCGAGGCAGCCGCGGCAGAAGCACGUCACAACAGCAAUGCCGCAGCAAAAAGGACCGAUUCGGCCCCGUCCGACACCGGCGAAUUUGUUGGCCACAAAGGAAGGCAGAUUAUUAUUGACGCAGAGAAGAUCGUCAUUCCAGACUGGUUGCAGGCGGACGAGUGGGAAGUGCAGAUUCUGGAGAUCUUGCAUCAACGCUUGAAGAAUGGAGCGGGAGCGGAGGAAGGUUGA